GCAGCGAUGGGCACUGGGAGCACCCAGGAGAUGCUCUGGGGGUGCACUGGGAGAAGAGGAUCCCCCCCGCAUUCCUGCAGGGAUAAAAGCUCCCUCGAGCAUUAUUGGCAAUUACCUCCAUAGGAGCAGCCUCAUCUUCUGCUGAAGGGGUCAGACUUUGAUUCAAAUUCUUUCCCGCUGCUACUUUUCAUUGUAUCAGCGUUUUAUUCCCCUCCCUUCCCUUGCUCUGCAGCGUGGGCAUGAACAGGAUCCGCAUUCACGUGUUGCCGACCAGCCGGGGCCGCCUGACCCCGGUGCCUCGGCCUCAGGAGCCCCUGGCCUGCUCCUUCAGCCCCCGGCCCUGCUCCCAGCCCCGCCUGGAAGGGCAGGAAUUCUGCAUCAAGCACAUCCUCGAGGACAGGAAUGCUCCCUUCAAACAGUGCAGCUACGUGUCCACAAAGAAUGGGAAGCGUUGUCCCAAUGCUGCUCCCAAACCUGAGAAGAAGGAUGGCACCUCGUUCUGCGCGGAGCACGCCCGGCGCAACGCGCUGGCACUGCAGGCUCAGGUGAAGAAAUCCAACCCCGGGCCCGUGGGUGAGACCCUCCUGUGCCAGCUGAGCUCCUAUGCCCGGGCAGAGCUGGGCAUCCCGAGCGCCGAGAGCAGCCGCAGCGAGGCCAGCCGCAUCCUGGACGAGGACAGCUGGAGUGACUGCGAGCAGGACCCUGUCACCGUGGAGCAGACGUGGCGUGGGGACCCUGACAGUGAAGCUGACAGCAUCGACAGCGACCAGGAGGAUCCCCUCAAGCAUGCUGGUGUGUACACAGCCGAGGAAGUGGCUCUGAUCAUGAGGGAGAAGCUGAUCCGCCUCCAGUCCCUCUACAUCGACCAGUUCAAGCGGCUCCAGCACCUCCUGAAGGAGAAGAAACGCCGGUUCCUGCACAGCAGGAAGGGAGAGCAUGAGGCCAUCGGGAGCAGCCUCCUGACAGGGCCAGAGGGGCUGAUGGCCAAGGAGAGGGAGAACCUGAAGAGGCUCAAGUGCCUGCGGCGUUACCGGCAGCGCUACGGGGUGGAGGCUCUGCUGCACCGGCAGCUCCGUGAGCGCCGCGUCCUGGCCACCGACGGCGCGGCCCAGCAGGCUCACACCACCCGCUCCAGCCAGCGCUGCUUGGCCUUUGUGGACGACGUCCGAUGCUCCAACCCAUCCCUGCCGCUGACCCGCCACUGCCUCACACAUAUCUGCCAGGACACCAACCAGACCCUUUUCAAGCCUUGCCAGGGCUCUGAGGAAGUGCCCUGCAACAAGCCCGUGCCCGUGAGCCUGUCGGAGGAGCCCUGCUGCCCGCUGCACCUGCGGCUGCCCCCCCAGAUGUACGUGCCAGAGCAGGUGCUGGCCGUGCCCCAGGAGCUGGGGGCAGCCCCCACCGAGCUGUACCUGAGUGCAGCUGAGCUGCAGCCCAGCGAGAGCCUGCCCCUGGAGUUCAGUGACGACCUGGACGUGGUGGGUGAUGGGAUGCAGUGCCCCCCUUCCCCUCUGCUCUUUGACCCUUCUGUCACCCUGGACCCAGCCCUGAGGGACGUGGCCGAGGCUCCCAUCGACAUCCUGGCCCUGGAGGAGCCCGACAGGGGCAGCUCCUCCACGCCCCUCAUGCCUCCAGCCGAGGCUCCUGCCCAGCCCCAGGAGCAGCAGCCACAGGGAGCGACCUCAUCCAGCCCAGCCCGAGGAGCCAACGGGAGCCUGGAGCCGGGAGCUGUGGGCUGAGCCUGGUGUGGGACCCUCAGCGUGGGACUGGGGGGGCUGCAGAGCUGCUCCAGUGCCAGGAGGAGCUGCAGCUCCAGCCCUGCUGAUUCUGCAACCACAGAAACCCCAGAAACCCCAUCCAGACCUUCCUGUCCUCCAUGGGGAUGGAGCUGGGGAGGGAAAUCACCAAAUUCUGGGGGACCCUCACCGUGGGGCCUGGGGGGGCUGGAGAGCUGCUCCAGUGCCAGGAGGAGCUGCAGCUCCAGCCCUGCUGAUUCUGCAACCACAGAAACCCCAUCCAGACCCUCCCAUCCUCCAUGGGGAUGGAGCUGGGGAGGGAAAUCACCAAAUUCUGGGGGACAGAAAUCACCAAAUUCUGGGGGACAGAAAUCACCAAAUUCUGGGGGACACCCGUGGGGCCUGGGGGGGCUUGAGUCCUUCUCCAGUGCCAGGAUGAGCUGCAGCUCCAGCUCUGCUGAUUCUGCAGCCACUGAAACCCCAGAAACCCCAAGAUGGGGCUCCAGACCCUCCUGUCCUCUGUGGGGAGGGAAAUCAGCAAAUUCUGGGGGACAGAAAUCACCAAAUUCUGGGGGACAGGAAUCACCAAAUUCUGGGGGACCCUCACUGUGGGACCUGGGGGGGCUUGAAUCCUUCUCCAGUGCCAGGAGGAGCUGCAGCUCCAGCUCUGCUGAUUCUGUAACCACAGAAACCCCAUCCAGACCUUUCUGUCCUCCAUGGGGAUGGAGCUGGGGAGGGAGAUCACCAAAUUCUGGGGGACAGAAAUCACCAAAUUCUGGGGGACCCCCACCGUGGGACCUGGGGUGGUCUCAAGUCCUUCUCCAGUGCCAGGAGGAGCUGCAGCUCCAGCUCUGCUGAUUCUGCAGCCCCAGAAACCCCAAAACCCCCAGAAACCCCAUCCAGACCCUCCCGUCCUCCAUAGGGAUGGAGCUGGGGACAGAAAUCACCGAAUACUGGGGGACACCCAGGGGACCCUCACUGUGGGACCUGGGGGGGCUUUGAGUCCUUCUCCAGUGCCAGCAGGAGCUGCAGCUCCAGCUCUGCUGAUUCUGCAGCCACUGAAACCCCAGAAACCCCAUCCAGACCUUCCUGUCCUCCAUGGGGAUGGAGCUGGGGAGGGAAAUCACCAAAUUCUGGGGGACCCUCACCGUGGGGCCUGGG